GAUAUGAAGCUUGCAGUGGACAAGAUCGUUAUGCUAAAUGCUCGAUGGCAUGUUCAUGGAUAAGAUCUGUAACGUGAUGUCAAGAUUUAGUCGCUGGUCAUCUGAGGAUAUGAAGCCUGCUCCUCCAACAUUACCAUGUGUUCCUCUCCAACCCACCGCCCUCAAAGAUAAAGCUACAGUAUCUACAUUUGUUGAUUCAACAUUUCUGCCUACCAUAAAAACUGCAACUUCUACUCAAACAUUUGGUGAAAAGUUAUCAAAGCAUCCAAUCAAAAAUGAUGCAAUUUUCUCUAAAGCAGUAGGAAACAACCUCAAACCUGAAAAAUCUACAUGCAGUUUGAGAAAACUCAGCACAUCUAUUCUGGCCACAACUGACAACGCAUUUUGCCAUCAUCAAUCAAUUGGUGAAAUCCCUGUUGGAAAUAAAACUAAAUUAGCUCCCAUUUGUGAAGUACAGUGCUGUUAUUCAACUAAAGACUCUGUAGAAGAGAACAAGUUGAAUAGUGAAUUCAUUUCCACUGAAACAGUUGCUACCUGCUUGCCUGAAUCUCUUCCUUCAGCUAAAUUAAUUUACAUCCAAAAUGUGUCUAAAAAUGAUAAUAAGGCUGCAAAAAGUGAGCAUUCAAAUCUACUCAAUCCUGAAAAUCCUGAAAUUUUGACAGGAAAGCUGAAACAAAAUCUCAAUGCUGCUGACAGUUUGUCCAAGUCAAUUCAUUUUGAUCAUGGUUUACUUACAUCAUUUGACAAUGCAUCCAUCAAAUCCAGAAAAAGUGCAAGUGAAAAUCCCUCAGCAACACCUCAAAUAGGUUGUUUGUCAAAGAUUUUAAAUAACACUCCAGCAGAUUAUGCAUUGAGUAGAUUGCAACCUUCUGUUCCCAAACAGAUGAAUAAAAUUUCUUUGAACCUUGAGAGCAACAUAUCUUCUGGUAGGCACAUUUUCCUUCCUGGCAACAUGCCUCAUCAAACUAAUAAAGUGAAUAAUAUUGUGUAUAAAGUAGGUAAUUCUUCAUUUGAUGAAGAUGACACUGAAGUUGAAGAUUUUCUCAGCCCUUCCGAUAGAUGGGCUUCCCAACCCAAGAGUUACAGAGGUCCUAGAAAAGACUUGUUGGCUCUUAAUAGAAGAAUGGUCAAGCGGGUUGCAAGCAUACACUAUCCCGACACAACAACUGAUGGUGAAACAAGUGGAAUGGGAAGCUCUUUGGAUGAGCUUGUUGAAUCAUCCACUGAAAGUGCAUCUGAAUCCUCAUGUUCAUGUGCAGUUGAUAGCACAUUACAAAACUUGCCUUGCCAAUUCAGAACUCAUGCCAAUAAGUCUGAGUCUAGUGAGAAUAAGACCAUUAGGGAGAUAUCACUCAGCUCAUUGAGUAGCUUGAAGGAUUUUCCUUUGACCCAGGAGUCCUUAGGAAAUAAACCUCAGCAUUGCUCUUCAAUUAAUCUUGAUAUGUCUCAUUCUACUCAAGAUAAAAGAAGUUCUCUUUUAUUUAUUCCUUUGCCUUUAUCCUGUCAAGAACCACAAGCAAGCAAGUCAGAUGAUUUUCAAGUGAAUCCUUGUCACUCCGCAUCAUCACUUCGAAAUAAAUCUCGCAGUGCCAUAUCACGAUCUGCCCUUGCCAGCUGCUCGGCUGAUGUUGGUGAUGGAAAUAAAUGCUUUACUGAUUCGUCCUCAGCUCUACCAAAGGUAACAAUUUCAGUUUAUUUCCAUUUUAAAUGAUAAGGUACAUGUAGU